ACAUCUGCUAAAUAUGUGUAUGUGACCAAUAAAAUGUGAUUUCACACACACAUACACACACACACUGUGUGAAGGGGACUUGGUGACAAGCUUGCACAAACUAAUCACUGUGGAUAAAAGCUUUUAGAAUCUCUUCUGUCACUUUAAGACAAACUGCUCCACCCCCCUGUGUCUUGCCCGGACAGCCCCAAGAGAGAGAGUUUGUGUGUUUGUGCACGCACCCCUGUCUGUGUGUGUGAGAGAGCACUGAGCAGGGGUUACGGCAGGAGAAUAAAAGCUAGCAGCGCCCCUUUAUUAACAUUCAAGUCCGGUCGCCUUGCUGUCCUUCUCUCCCGUCUCUCACUGCCAGCAGCUCUGACACAAACAGUCUUAUGCAACUAGCCAGGCCUCAGCUCACCGACAGGAAUCCUAAACAGCACAAGACCAUGAAGAAACAAAACUACUGAAAGAUAAAUCGACCUGGUCAGAGCACCGGCUUUUUACAGAUGCAGCUUCCAGAAACACUGAGCCAAUCUUUUCUGAUCUUUUUGUCUUCUCAUAAUUCUUGGGUCUUUUUGUGACUCGCUCAUAUCCCGGCUACAGCUUUGCCCUUCCACCUCUGAAAGGAAAAGUGUCUUCAGGAUACAAAAGACUUCAUUUGAACAGUCCACUGCAUUCCAUAGAAAGAGACAAAAACAGGAGUGUUCCACAAGUUUUCUAGCAAGAGUUCUACCACUUCCAAUCCAAAGUGUUCUAAUCUAGUGUUCUAGCCUGAGCGGAGGUCGUUUCAGUUCCUGAGGAUGCUGAACCUAAACUCCCCGGACAGCAACACUAACAGCAACAGUAACUCCCUGUCGGACCCCGUGUCUCUCAACGUUGGCGGUGAGAUCUACACCACGACCCUGGACACUCUGACGCGGUACCAAGACUCCAUGCUGGGGGCUAUGUUCACCGGACGGAUCUCCACGCUCCGGGACAAACGCGGGAAUGUGUUCAUCGACCGCGACGGGAAGGUUUUCCGCUAUAUCCUGAACUUCCUGCGUUCCAGCUCCCUGGACCUGCCGGAGGGGUUCUCUGAGAUGAGGUUGCUGAGGAGGGAGGCAGAUUUCUUCCAGAUACUCCCCCUACUGGAUGACAUACGGCGGCGCAUCGAGGCCGGACCGCUCAGCCUGAGAGACGCACCCAGAGGAGCCAUGCUGCUGGUGGACGUGGACUGCCAGGUGCGCGUGCUACACUUCAAUCUACGCCGUGCUCCCGAGAACUAUGAACUCCGCACAUGCUCAGUGCGCAUCCUCACAGCCGAAAUCUUCUGUACCUGGCGUGCCUUUCUGGUUCUCCUUUGUGAGCGUUUCUCCUACCGCACCACCCAGGGUCCUACCUCCCCCCAACCCAGUGACCAGCGCCACAACCGGCUCAAACUGGAGUGGGUUCCCCGGCCAGACGAACUUCCCCAGGACCAGUAUGAGAAACAGCAGUACCGAGGACUCGUCGUCUCGGACUCUUGGGCCACACAGACCCACUCUGGGGAGCUCUGUGAUGUCAUCAUCCCGCGCUGCAGCCCCUGUGAGGUCAAAGACAUGUGCGGGUUUGUGGAGGAGCUUCUGACGGUGUCUCUGGCGGAGGGUUUUAGGGUCGACUCAGUGACCCCUGACCCCAUGGACAUUUUGAACUGCCGUACUUUGCAGCUUGUACGGUAGUGAUAUAGCACGUUCCAGCUCACCACUGAACCACCAGUUAUAGACUUACUCAGACUAAAAGAACAAAAGGUCACCCUAUAAUGUUUCCAACCUACUGAACAUGACUGCUUAUGAAUGGUCUAUAACUAACAGACUUUACUAACAUUGGAAAGUUAAGGUCGCUCUAUAAUGUUUACAAUCCUCUCUUUGAUGUGAAGCUGAGACUGAUCCUACCAUCUGAACCCUCUAACGAACUCUGACCUCAGUAGCCCUGCAGUGGAGCAGACUGUUCUUGACGUGUUGUAGUCUGUUCUAAACUGUAGGGUAGGCCUUCAUCUGGUUUUACAGAAUAUACCCUGUCCCCAACGAAAGGAAUGGUUGUCAGCUCGUCCUGUUGAUGAUCAGUGCAAUUCUUAAAGAGACAGCGAGAGACGGAGACCGGGUGUGUGGUAGAGUGAGUUUGUGGUGGAGUGUCUGUGAGAGAGUGUGCUGCACUGGUUGGAGGGGUGAUCCGACCAUUCCACAGAGCUGGUAUGAGUAUAUUUGCUGGUAUUGUUUUGUAAAACAGUGUUACAGAGUUCUGUGUACUGUGUAAUAAACUAACCAGUCUGUAGAUAUGUUUACAGCUCAUCAAUUUAAUAAACACUACUAAAUGAAAGGUAUUUCUCCCUGAACCCCUAUCAUUCAGACUGGUUCAAGUUCCUGUCCUGUAGGAAGGGGGAUGAGAUGUGUAAUUUUAGAAUGGAGAAAGGAGGAAGUAUGUGAGAGGAAAAGAUUAGUAUGGAAGAGGAAAGAUGCCUGUUUGGAAAACAGCUAGUCUCUUCCUCCUAUCCAUCUACUCAGCCCCCAAGCAGCUGUGUUUGCAGAUUCGAAGGAAACAGAUACAGUGCAUUCGGAAAGUAUUCAGACACCUUGACUUUUUCCACAUUUUGUUACGUUACAGCCUUA